UGCCUUUAUCACUUCACGGUCGCACAGUGCCAAGAUAAUCUUUGUAGUUUACGCAGCUCGCAACAUGAAGUCGUUUUUCGCAAUUUGCCUUUUCCUCGUGGCUCUUUGUGCCGUCCAGGCGUACGGCCCAUUGGAUCAGGUAACGCAGCAAAUCCAGAGGGCAAAGAACAAUGUUAACUCGAUCAAGUCCAACUUGAAACGUUUCUCGAACAAUUUGAAAUUCAACACGGAGAACAGAUUAUCCAACAAGAAGAUCGAGCAAAUGCAGCAACUGAACGACAUUGUGAACCCAGCUUUGAAUGACAUUCGCACGAGCGUGGACGCUGCUAAAGGACAAGGAAAGGACAAGGAACAGUGUUACACCGAUGCCAAAGCUACCCUCAGGACUCUCAGCCUGGCAGGAUUUUCAGAUCUCAACAAAUGCGAGCAAAACGGAAAACAGCAACUGCAAGCGCAAUGGAAUAAUCUCGACUCGGCUCAAGCGACUGCAGACAAAUACAUCAGUCAAUUGGACAGUAUCAUGCUGGAGUGUUACUCGUCGAACAUAAUCCAAAUGCAAACUUGUGCCGUUAGCAAACUGGCAACCGUGAACAUGUCGAUCAGGGCAUACGAAAGCACAGUUAACUCGUUGCAAUCUAGUGCGCAAUCGGCUUCGUCCCAAGUCGAGCUGUCCGCGACCUCUUGCUACUGGGGUGCCGUGUCGGUUGUCCGUUCCGGAACUACUGACGUGAGGAUAUCUGCGAAUAAAUGCAUCAACAACUAAAGAAAAUCGCUAAAGAAAACAACGAACUGAAUGAAACGACUGUAUUACAUGUACUGAUUUUUUUUCUUUUUUGCGACGUUGGUUUUGCACUGCCCACUAUUUCACUUCUCGAUUUAUUCGUGUAAAAUCCAUUUAGCACGCAAAUUGUUUCGUCUCCUCGAAUAAUAUACAAUUUUAUACUCCUA